CGACAGCCGACGAAAUCGUCGUUGUCGUUGGCUGCGUGUGCGAUACUCGCGUGUGGUUGCCGGCGCGCUGGUCGCCCGCGCCUCUGCCUGUGUAAGUUCCGUGGCUCCGAGUGGCUCUGCAUACGCGCGCGGCGAAGUCUGCAGGAAGGAGUGCAGCCCAAGCGGUGCGAGCGUAGCUCGGCGAACGCCAGCGCCGAAGCAUUCUAUCAGCAGCCCCCGGUCUAUAAACGAGCGCGCCUCGUCGUCCGACAGUGCUGUUAAGUGCAUACGAGUUUACAAGUGCGUGUUAUCAGCGUGCGCGGAGAGCGCAAUAAACGACGCGCUAACUGACAUCGCUGCUCGGUGUUGCCGAGCGCGAACCAUCAAACCAGCGCACAGUGCCAAAUAAUAGUGCACAAGAAGUUCGGACUUUGAACGGAUGCGCGUCGAGUGGCAUCGGGAGCCAUCCAAAGAGGUUUGCGGGGGGUAGCAUGUCCGUGCCGUCGAUGGUGCAUCGAUCUGGUGACACCCUCGUAGUACGAAGCGUCGUCAGCGGCGACGCUCUCUACGGCACCGCGUCGGAGUGCGGCAAGGACGACGACACCUUCUGCAAACCGACGCUGCGUGACAUCGCCGAUAUCGACGCCAAGGACCUUCCAGAGUGCAAGGUCAAACGCAACUACUCCUGUGCCAUUUGCGACUUCUUUACGCAGAACCCUCGCAGCUAUCUCUAUCACCUACGCGAUGUGCACCACGAGAAGGUGAAGAUCUACGAGUGCCCCAACUGCCUGUACGCGUCCAAGCACUUUCAGAAGCUGCUGCGGCACACGAAAAUGGUGCACGGCGGCACCGCCGAAGCAUCCACCACGGCGGCGGCGGAGCGGCCACGCGUUGCCACGCGAAAACGCUCCCUGGAGGAGGACAAUAAUAGCGGUGACGAAUUUGCCGAUGUGAAAGACGUCGAUGACGAUAAGCCAGUGGUGCACAAGUGCUCAAUGUGCGCGUACGUUGCUAAAUCAGCGGCGCAGCUAGGAAAGCAUGAACGGGAAGAGCACAUUAAGACCAAGUUCUUCAGGUGCACUAAGUGCACCUAUGUAACGCACAUGAAGGCGCGAUUCACGAAGCACGUCAAGUAUCACUCGAUGCCGAUGAUUAAGUGCGAUAUGUGCGAUUUUCGCACGCCAUACAAGUGGAACCUAGACCGCCACUGCAAGAAUCACAAUGGACGCGGGACAUUCCGCUGCUCGGCGUGCAACUUCACCGCCGACAUAAAGCAGAGUCUCACAGUGCACGAGAUGAACCAUCACGUGCCGCCGGUCGGGCAAGCCGCCGGCUUGGGUGUCGGCCGCAGACGGAACAAGGUUGGCGCUAGUGACUCGACGGCUGCGGAAGACGGCAUUCAGGUGCCCGUUGCCGAGCAGGAUUACGUCGAACUAGUGCCCCGAAACGCAGCGCAGAAAACAAACGCGUCCGGCAGCGCCAAGGUUGCUGUGAUCGCGUCAAACGGCGGUAAUAAGAACGGCAAGGCGGAAACGGACUUUGUGCAUCCCGACGACAUUGUGCAUCACUCGAAUGGGAAAGUUUACAUUAAAAACAAGUGCCGGUUUUGUACGUUUAAAACAGCUUGGGAGAGCGAGAUGGCGUGUCAUGAGCAGCAAGCGCAUUCGGAUCUAAUGCUUACGCCGCCAAAGAAAAAAGUUACCCGCCCCAUGCCGGGCCUGUUGCCUAUUAAUGUGUCCCCCAAGGAGAAGCGUCCAGAGACGUCCGUAAUGUCCCAAACGGAUAUGGAAAAGAUUCUCGCUGGUAGUGGCAACAGCGACUUGAAAGAUUUCGCCAAACUUUUCGGCGGGGGCGACGACAUGUUUUCGUUGGGCGGUAUGGGACACUCAACGACGUCGCCUCAGCCCAGCUCCUUCUUCGACAAAUUCAAAGUAAACAUGGACGCUGAGAGCCUUACCUGCGAGCAUUGCGGCCAUGAGAGCAAGUACCUCACCGAGCACACCACUCAUAAGAAAUCUUGCGGAAAGGUUCCCGUUCCUACACACAGCAUUACGUCCAUGCAUAAGUUGACCAGUACUAGAUGUCAGUACUGUCGACAACGGUGUAAAUCCUCCAAGGAUCUCUUCAACCACCUGCAGACUUGCGAGGAGGCGCAGAAAGCCAGUAUCAAGCAAGAGGAUAUUGACGUCAGCGAACCAGAGUGUUCUUUAGAAAAUAACAACGACAAAAAACCGCACCCUAUGGAAAAUAAGGUGUUCAUCUGGAACAAUCCCGCCUUAGAUGAUAACGAUUCAACUAAUCCCUACGAGUCCUUUGUGGAAAGCCACAGUCAUGAUCAAGACCAAAUGUCCAUCGAUUUGUCCAUCCGCGCGCAAUCACCGACCAGCGAAAGCAGUGGUAGCCUAAUCAACAACAAUGUGUAUGAGAAGCCACCAACUACCGAAAAGUACUAUCAACCUCCUAUGACGACUUCUACACCUGCUACUACCACAACUACCGACAAGAUACCAACUCAUGGUAAUGACAUUUCCGUAGCGCAACAUAAGCGCGUCUUCAAGUGCCCACAUUGCACAUUUUGGGCGUCGACGGCGUCGCGUUUCCACGUACAUAUUGUAGGGCAUCUCAACAAGAAACCUUUCGAGUGUUCUCUAUGUGCGUACCGUUCCAACUGGCGCUGGGACAUUACGAAACACAUCAAACUGAAGUCGGUGCGUGACCCGGCUCAUGAGAAUGCGAAGGUGCUGAUGACGGAUGAAACGGGCAGGCGCAACUACACAAAGUACAACAAGUACUUAACCGAAAUUCCGCUUAAGGGCGGCCAAGAGGAGACCAGUGGUGGAAUGGGCACCCGCCCCAGAGAAAGGAAGACCGCCUCUGAGCGCAACACAGCUCUACGGCCACCGCCGCAACUGAAGCCCGCCAACGAAUAUCUCAGCAAGGUGCCUUCCAACGACAAGAAGAAAUCGUCAUCCGGGGAUGGAAAGAAAACCUACUGGCAGUGCAAGAAAUGCAACUUUAGGGACCUAUGCAAGGACAAAUGUCUCCACCACGUCAGGGGUCAUGUGCAGGGAUUGUCUAACUCAGGCGACGACAAGAUGGUGCUUACGAAUGAUUCACUGUCGCCGCUGAUGGGAUCUUCGCGCACGAGCGGCACCUGGAGGGGCUCCGAGUUGGAUUCUGAGGCAAGUUUGGCAGGCGGUGGUGUGUCACGGGGGCAAGCGCCCUUUCGUUGCGGCCACUGCCAACAGGUUUCUAACUGGAAGCAUGUCAUACAGCGCCAUUGUCGGUUGAAGCACCAAGGCGAUGUUAAAGUUUUGAUGGGUUCCGCUUCUAACUUGGACGAGUCCUUUGAGCAGAUGGACAUUGUUCAGGACGGCGCCCUCAAGUGCGGGCACUGUCCGUUCUCUAGUAAUGACACCGGUCUGUACCACAUGCAUCUCGAGGGUCAUAUACCCCAAAGUACCGCUACCAUAAAGUGCUUCUACUGUAAUUACUACGUAGCACAGGCUGAGGAUUUGCAGGAACAUCUGAAGCUGCACGGCGCGGGUAAGACGAACCACGGCAUAUUGCCCAAGGAAGACAAGCCGCAAGUCGGCCACGAAGCUGAACAAGCUAGCAAACGAUACAAAUGUGUCACGUGCCCUUACGUGACCAACAGCAAGUCCCAGUUUACAUAUCACAAGCAGUUCCAUCAGCCCAAAAACGGGCAGUACAGUUGCACAGAGUGCAGCUACAAUGUGAGCAAGCGUCAUUUACUUCACCAGCACAUGAAAGUGCAUGGCAUUAUGAUCUCGCCACAGAAGCAAAACGGCGAAGUUCUUGAUCUGGAGGAAAUCACCGACGAGAUGGAGGAAGUGCACUCACCGUCGUUUGACUGGCAGAAUUUACAAGAAAUUCCGCUUGUGUGGGUAUCGAAGGGCGGAAAAUUUUCGAAAAUGUAUCGAUGCAGAUACUGUCCCCAUGUUAAUUUGCGCAAGGUUAACAUUAUGGAUCACGAGAAGAUGCAUGGCAGUCGAGAUCGCAGUUCGCGAUGCGGUGAGACCGAACAUCGCUGUCCUGAUUGUAAUUACGUCUGCAACAAUGCGGGUGUGCUUUCAUCGCACAAUAAGGUUCAUCAGGGUUUGUACGGUGCGGUGCACGGUCUUGUAGAUUCGACUAAGACGGACGAGGAACAAAUUCGCGAAUUGGGUGCGUUGCCGAACUCUUCGGGAAUAAUCAAUCUAGAAGAAGAUAACGAUUUUGAGGGAGAUGAUCGCGAAAUGCUAUUCUUUUGCGACAAGUGUCCAGCACGAUUUCUGAAAAAGAACGAACACUCAAUUCACGUUACGUUCCACGGCGCUGGGUUGCUCAACCGAUGCGAAAAUUGCUCGUACUCUUCGCAGCAGAAAGCUUACUUGCAAGGACAUAGCAAAGUACACACCAAGGAUUACCAAGAGCGCACUAAAACAUUGAUCGAAACUACCGCUAUCAGUUUGGAACACCCGCAGCCGAAUGUGAUUUUUUCUGAUUAUUCAUGGAUUGUGGAAGACGCCACCUCGGACGAAGAAGAGCCCGAGCAGGAAAAUGGUUACGUUUAUAAAAGGAUGAACGUACCUAUAAGCGGGACGGAUUUGUUCUUACAGAAGUCGGAAGCCGAGGCAAAUGAGGGCGCAUACUCAAGUUCAAUGACGCGAAUUGGUAAAAUAAAAGAAAAGCGAUACAAAUGUUCCAAGUGUCCGAGUGCAUUCGAGAAGCGCGAACAAUUUAAGCUUCAUCUUGGACUUCAUGGCUCCAAUCAACAGUAUGCGUGCGCCUCUUGUGAUUAUGCGGUUUCUAAUCAGGCCAAUCUGUUGCAACAUGAGAAAAAGCACAAAUCGAUUAAAUCUUUUGAAGACGAUAUUGAAGAGGUCGAUGCAUCGCCGUCACCGCCGGCAAGAGAUAUGGAUGCAAAGAAACAGUACUGGUGCUCAAUGUGCCCGUACACCAACGCGCGGCGAGACGCGGUCGACAACCACCAGAAGCGUCAUUUUAAACUGUCAGGCCUCCAGAGCAACUUUGUUUGCGAUGACUGCGACUACUCGGUGCCACAGAUGCACCUUUUGCGGGACCACAUGAAACUACAUUUCCUACCCAACAAAAUGCACUCGCCAGACGCCUACAUGGCGCAGGACGUGACCGAAUACUCGAUUAAGGUCGAGGACAAUGACGAGCACGACAAAUACCGACUGGGCGACGAAAUCGAGUCGUCGUCACUGAACAAUAAUGAAGGGGAAAAACUAUAUGUCAAUACGCAGACGGGCGAAAUCGGAGAAUCCGCUAAAGACUCCGAAAUGGAUACUAGUUAAUUUGCUUACUUAUUGUUUGUUUCUUAUUUUAUUUUUUCGAUAAAUUUAAUUUAUAUGCGCAUGAUGAGUAGAGUACAAAGAAUUACAAAGAAAUGAUGAGGAAGUACUAAAGCUGUAAGCAAUCGGUAGGAACAUAUUAAUAUUAAUGGUGCCGGCACCAAAAAUCGGACUUAAUUACCAUUUUAUAAAUAAUUUUACCUAUUAGAAAUUAAUAUUAUUCUAAACAGUUAAUAAUAUGCAAUCAAACCGCCUAACACUACUACGGGUUUCAUAAGUAGUCACAUUAUUAUUAAUCUAAUCAGUCAAGUCAAAAUAUGACGAGUAUUUUUUGUUCUUAAUCUUUUAAUUUAACGAAGCAAAACAAUAACUAUUGAUAUAACACAACACAGUUGAGAAUGGUUUAGUCAAAAUGUCUAGUGAUACUAAAUUAGUGAUUUACAUUGUGUAAAGAAAAUGAUAUCUUAAUGCAGAAGAUAAAGUUAUAUAUUUUAUAUAUAACUAAUUAUUAGGUAGGAAGCAAAAGAUUCAACAAACGAAUCCACAUUUCAUCACGGAACGCGCCUUCGAAAAUUUAUACCUUUUUGACAUGAGUGAAUUGUUGCACGAGUUUUAGAAAAUCUAUUGACAAAACAUUUAUAGAUCCUAAAUUCACGAGAGGGAAAAGAACGCGGACGUGAACAUUUCAUAUGCUUUGCACAGUUUUACAUUACCAGCACUUAGUGCACAUCUGUUUGAUGUGAAACUAUUCAGUACAGUGUCUUUGAGAAGAACGUUUCUUUUGUUUCAAUUGUUAAAUAAUUUUCGUUUUCCUUUUUUAUAAUUAUUUUCCAAUGGAUCAGUGUGUGGGAUUACUUAGUUUUAUGCCAAAGCAUUUAUGCCAAAAUACGCCAUAAAAUAGUUUAAUAUAUUAUAUCUGUUGAAUAAAAUUGAUUAAUAAAACCAAAAUUUAAGGCAUAA